AUGUUACUACAAGACUGCUUUGGUCCAGCACCCAGCCUCACUCUAACUGGAGAAGUAAUAGAACAAGUGAAUAAGUUUUGUUAUCUGGGCAGCUACAUCUCACUCGGUGGACGCAUCAUGGAUGAAGAGUCAGCUCGCAUACAGAAGGUUCGGUUGGCAUUUGUCAACUUGAGACAUCUGUGGUGCCGUCGCUACUUUCGGUUGUCUGUGGAGGGUCGAGUGUAUGCCGCGACAGUUCGGCCAGUUCUACUAUACGGUGCAUAG